CUCGCAAGCUUACAUUCUGUAUCGCUACAUGGAUACAGUCUGGACACAACCAUAUUCAAACCAUUUGAGCCCCUACCUCUCCUACCACCGUAUGGUCGGACCAAUCAGCAUCUUCUGAUAAUCUGUGAUGUGGUUAAAUUGAUGACGAUAAUGAGAAGUGCCUGUACUGGGUUUGAAAUGAAAAAUCCUAACACCGAUGGCUGCUCUUGGUUGGCAGCAGUUAUAUCAGAACUGGAGGGCAUAACUUAACUGAAAGCACAGCAAGUAACUGCAUGGAAGGUUUUUCCUCGGUGGAGAAGAUGUUUUCGCUCUUCUCGCUACUGGAUUCGGCAAGAGCUGGAUUUAACGGGCAGAUCAAGAAAGCAAAUUGUGUUGAAAACACCACGUCAGGUCUUCCUGCACUAUGACCUUCCGGAGGACAUCGUCUCCGACCGUGGCCCCCAAUAAUGUCACGGGUUUGGAGGGCUUCAUAGAGAAACUGGGGGUCAUGGUUAGACCUCAUUUCCGGGUACUGGCCUCAGUCCAAUGGAGGAUGAACCAGGAGCUGGGGAGGUUCCAGAGGAGUCACUGCCAGGACCGGUAGGGGGAGUGGGUCCGAUUCCUUCCCUGGGCGGACAACUCCUCCACCAGGCUGACUGUCUUCCAUGUGUCCUGGGUUAUCAGCCAGCCCUGGCUCAGGGGACUCCGACCCAAACCGAAGCCCCUGCGGUGGACGAAUGGUUCUGGCGUGUAGAGGAAGUUUGGAGUGAUGCUCACGUGAGGCUCCAGGGCGCCGUCCAUCGCCAGAAGGAGCAGGCGGAUCGCCACCGCAGUGAACCACCCGUGUUUGAUCCUGGUGAUCGAGUCUGGCUCUCCAACAGAAACUUCCCACUCCGCCUGCCCUGCAAGAAGCAGAGACCCCAGUUUGUCAGGCCGUGCAAGGUUCUCUGGAGGGUCAACGAGGUGACUUAUAGGUUACAGCUUCCCACUAACUACCGGCUCUCACCUUUCAUGUUUCUCUCCUCAGGCCGCUGGUUCCUGGUCCCCUGGAUGAGGCAGUCCCCCACGACACCCCUCCGCCUCCUCUGGACAUCAAAGGAGGUCACACCUGUGCUGUCAGAUCCCUUCUGGACUCGUCGUGGGGUUCAGCUCCAGUACCUGGUGGACUGGGAGGGGUACUGACACGAAGGAUAUAUUGAGUCUGACACGAAGGAUAUAAUGUUGCUCCCAUACUAGGUCCAAAUCCCUGUCAUUGGCAUGAAGAAAAGAAGGAAACACAGAGGGCGUAGAUCAGGGUGCCUUGUGAGAACUAGUCGGCGGGUGGGUAACCCGCCUUUACCAUUUUUCUAUUGGCUCAAUGUUUAAUCACUGGAGAAUAAACUGGAUGAGCUCUGUUAGAGACUAUCCUACCAACGGGACAUUAAAAACUGUAAUAUCUUAUGUUUCACAGAGUUGUGGCUGAACGACGAGACAUAAUAUACAGUUGGCUGGGUUUCCGUGCAUCAGCAGGACAGAAUAGCUACGUCCGGUAAGACAAGAGGUGGGGUUGUGUGUCUAUUUAUCAAUAA